CUAGGAAAUGGAGGACUUGGUCGACUAGCAGCAUGUUUUCUCGACUCACUGGCCACUCAAGGUUAUGCGGCAUAUGGGUAUGGUAUUAGAUAUGAAUAUGGCAUCUUUACACAGACUAUCAAUGAAAAGGGAGAACAGGUACUGUACCCCAGAUAUUUUAUUGCUAAUUAGUAAAAAUGUUUGAUCUUUAGACUAUAAAUAUUCUUCAGACUUAAGACUAUUAAACACCUGUAUUCUAAAAGCUCACUCACACUCAGAGAGUGGAAGUUCAAUCUGAGCUCCCCUUGAGUGUCAGACUGUCAGUGCUGUUUUUGAAUAGCUGGAGGGUUAGGCUAGUUCUUACCUUACUAAUUGUGACUACUCACUCUCCAGCUAUUCAAAAACAGCUCUGACACUCAAGGGGAGCUCUAAAUAUGUACUUCAGACCACUAUAGCUUCCUUAACUGUUUACACCAGAGAUACGGUAAAACAUUUAGGAUACAUUAUUAAUUAUGAUCCAAAGUGUUUUAAUCAGAACUAGAUGCAAUUGAAAUUACAGUACGAUUUAGUGUCACACACACACAGCGACAAAUUUGUCAUUAAAAUAACUCCGCUCCAGCUAUAUCGAAAAACCUUUGAAGCUGGAAAAAAGUAUUACACUAGCUAUGACAUUUUUGGGACUUUAGAUGUGGCGCCGAGCUUAAUACAGGGUUUGACUGUAACUACAUGCACAACUGUAGCAAAAUAAGCAUGCACUGUUCCAAAUUGAAUUAAAAUAUAUUUUGACUUGUACAUUAUACAAGGUGGAAAUUCCUGACCACUGGUUGGAACAUGGCAAUCACUGGGAGAAAUCCAGACCUGAAUAUCUCCUGCCUGUUCAUUUCUAUGGUCGUCUUGAGUCUGAUGCUAAAGGAUAUCACUAUAAGUGGGUGGAUACUGAUACAGUGUAUGCUAUGCCUUAUGAUGUGCCUAUCCCUGGAUAUAUGAACAACACUGUAAAUACUAUGAGACUGUGGAGUGCCAAAGCCCAGAAAGGAUUUGAUCUCAACUAUUGUAAGUCAUUUUUCAUUCAGAGAGAUUUGGCUCAUUAACCCAUUGAGUGCCAGCGUUCUCCCCUGAAUGAGUAAAAUCGUGUGACGUUAGACAGUCUUAAGCCCUGAUCAAACGAGAACGCAAGUCAUCGCAAGUAAACUUGCCCUGAAUUGCGAUGGGACCGAUCAAACGAUACGCAAGUUAUCGCAACAAUUUACAAUAUUUGGCCCGUGUGCGGGGUAAUUUUGUAAUUUUGCAAAGUUGUAUGGCCGUCCUUUAAACCCAUUUAAAACGAAUGUAAAAACUUUUGAAAAGGCCAUGUAAAAUGAAGCGAAAGCUGCCAACAACACUGUGUUAUUUUCUCUACUUGCAUGAAACGUGGAAAAACAAGACAAUGGAUUAAGCGAAGAUCAGAAAAAGGUCAUUUUUAUAACAUCUUGAGAGAGCAGAGAACUAGGGAGUAUGGUUUCCUUUGAUUUCUACGGAAACUGGUCUCAAAAAACUUUUCUGAACUUGCAAUUCCUGAUCAAACUAUCGCAAGUGCUCGCAAGUUUAAAAAAGCUUGCGAUGAAGUUUGAACCAGUUCAAAUCAUUCGCAAGUCAUCGCAAGUUAACGCAAGUCAACGCAAGUUGCUGGUCAAACGAGGCGCAAGCGAGGCGCAAACUUGCGAUGACUUGCGUUCUCGUUUGAUCAGGGCUUUAGAGUAAAAUAAUAAGUAGGGAGCAUUACUAGGACACAAUUCAACCUAAUAGUAAGAUUAAUUGAUAUCGAGAUUUUGUUGGCAUCUCACUCGAUUCGAUAAUAGUUGAAGGGUAUUGCAGAUGGAAAUUAUCGAGCGUAAAUUUUAUAUACAUUUAUUAGACCUAACCAGGAACAGCUGUGAAAAAUGCAACUAAAGAUACGAAAAAUGCAUCUAUAUAGCAGAGUUCAAUAUAAUUCUGAAAACUUGGUUUGAAAUUGUGUCAGAUCAACCCAAUCAUGUUUUGGUCGGACAUGAUCGGACACUUAAUUAUUCUCAAGAGGGACGUUGUCAGUUGUCACAGUACUAGAAACCAAAACCGUAACAACUACCAAAAGUCCAAAACAUAUGCAUAUUGGUUAACAAAAUUACACAAUAUCAACGACAACUUACUCAGUAACAGUAUAUAUAAUAUAUAAUAUUUCUCUUAACACACGAGAUGACAUUGUUAUUUUGUGGAUCGGGACGAACUUGACGAAGUCAGAUUCUGUGAUUGUCUAGCAGACGGAAUCUUUGUUUGCAUGUGUUAAAGAUUACAGAUUUUGUUAAAAAUAUUUACAACAAUAAAGGAAGAAAUAUUCAAAUUGAUGAGACAAAACGGUCGUCCAUAGUGUCUCUGCAGAGCAAUCAGUAGACGGCCAUAUCAGCAUUUUUCUCGGCUAAUGGCCGGUGGCCGACCGUUAUAUUGAUCUCUGAUCUAUAGGUACAGUAGUUGCAUUUUUCGCAGCUGUUCGUGGUUAUAGGUCCAAUAAAUGUAUGUAAAAUUGACACUCGAUAAUUUUCAUCAAUUUUCAUCUACAAAACCCUUGGCUUCAACUAUUAAUUGAUGUACAGUACAGUACUACAGUAGUUUAGCAUUAGAGCUGCAAUUUGAAUGUCCGAGUGGAGGCCCUUCGAAAUGGCGAAGUUCAGCCUAUAUUUUUCAGUUUUAUCUCACUCAUACCACAGCUAUAUCUGUUAUCACCGCUACAUAAUCUGGAACCAGAGUGCUUUAAACCGACCAUGUGGAAACGCGACCAUGGAUUUCACUAUUUUUUCCAGACUGUAGAUCUUAAUAGCAUUGCUAGCAAAGUAAUAUAUGCUACCGUUCUUUCUACAGUGUAUUGAGCGUUCCAUAAAACACACACUGACACUUUCGAUUUUGUCCGUUUUUGAAUGUUUCAUCUGGUUUUCAAUUUUAGUCCAAGGUGGUGACUACAUUGGUGCUGUUCUAAAUCGAAACAAUGCUGAGAAUAUCUCGAGGGUUUUGUAUCCAAAUGACAACGUAAGUUGGGUCAUGCAUGACAUGUAUACUAUAACCUAGCCAAUAGACAAUAGUCCACCAACAGCUUUUGGAACCGGUCAGUAUGUAAAUCAAUCAGAGUCACUACCUUGAUCAUUUUCCGAUUUGUCAUAAGGCAAAUGGUGUCUCCAAAGAAAGUACAUGUGCAGACGGCAUGAAAUUUUAGACUGUAGAAAAUUGCACAAGCAGUUAUCAAACUCAUGUCACAGAAGUGGUAUUAACGGACAUGUGCGACAACUGAAUUGUAUCCUUUUGUAAAGGUUUUUGGCCAGGGGGUGAGUUAAUUGAUAUUUGAGGUUGGUUUCGACUUUUUAAUAAUUGGAUCUUUCAGCAAUAUUUUUGCCAAGAAAAACAUUUCUCUUCGGUGCCAGCCCCUCCAUAAAUAAUGACCGGUCCCUUAUUUCAAAACGUUAUGUAUACAGACAUAAUUUAAUUUACAUACAAUCAUCUUUUUUUUGUAUAUUUUUAAAGUUUUUCGUCGGUAAAGAACUACGUUUAAAGCAAGAGUACUUCCUUGUCUCAGCAACGUUACAAGAUAUUAUUAGACGUUAUAAAACAUCUCAAUAUGGCUCCAGAGAACUUGUGAGAAAAUCUUUUCAAAAUUUCCCAGAUAAGGUAAGGGUAACCAUCUUCUACUAGCUACAGUAUUAUAUCGUUUUUAGCUACAACAAGUAUUGCCUUCUACCAGUACUUCCACUCCCAAAAGAAAUUUCCUUUCCAACUGCAAAAUCAAAGUUAAAGUUUAUGUAAAUCAAGGGAAAUCUCUAUCACAUAUAAAGAUACGACACGCUUAUAAUUUUUCUUUGUGUUUUCCUCAUGAACCAUUAAUGAAUUUUUGAAACACUUUUAAACGCAUGUUAGGAUCUUUAGGCAGUCCAUAAUGACUACAUAAUAUUUAUUGAUUUAUUACUAUCAAAUCAAACCACACUUCACAGUAACCAAACUUUUAAACUUGUGUCUAAAAUUAAGAGGCAGCGCUAAAUGUUGCCAAGAGAUCAUGAAUGUGGCCUUGAUUUGUAAAACUUGGCUUUGCACUUGUCUUAUCAGUCGAGCAAAUCAUUGCACGUUUUGUCAUUUCUCUUGCACCGGCAUACGAUCAAUUUUGACCCGUUGCGUUUCCCGUGCGAGAGAUAAUCGCACGUGUGACCCGUCCUUGUACUUUAGGGGUCAGUUUUGUUUGGAGCAGUUUCCGUUUCGAACAUUUUAAAAGAACGGUUUUGAAACACCCCAAAUGAAUACAUGUUUGUUCAAGUUGCAAAGUAACACAGUUACCUCUUUUUCCAUGAAUUUAAAGUUUUCUUGAAGAAUAUUUCGACAGUAAUUGCAUGAUAGAAUCUGUUUUAGGUUGCCAUCCAGUUAAACGAUACUCAUCCAUCAUUGGCAAUCCCGGAGCUGAUGAGGGUAUUUAUGGAUGAAGAGGGUCUUUCUUGGGAUGAGGUAUGGGAUGAUAUACUUCUGUAUGAAAAAUUCGGCCGAAGAAUUAACAUGCAGUACAGUCUUGCUCAGUAAGAGUUAUCUCUGGUUGCAUGGGGAUCUGUGCAGAAGAGGUCUGGUACUUGUAGGUUUGGUAAAGAAGACUGUAAACACUCUUCUCACAUGCAAACGCGGGGCCAAUUAGUAUAAGAAAUUACACGACUCGAGAGGUACCAUUAUGAAAAAUCGCACGCGUGUUUGGCGAAAUAUUUAUAUUAUAAUUAUUUUGCCAAACACAAGUAUGAUUUUUCAUUAAUACUUCGAGAACAAGUGUAAUUUCCUACUAAUAUAAUUGUAACUCCUAGCGUUUCGUUAGUGAUAUUAGACGCAUGUGCUAGGAUUGUUCAUUCGUUCAUAAACACUGACAAGCAAGACGAGACAUCCAGGAUUAAAGAAUAGUCGUAAGUCGUUAACGCAAGUUGAAUCUAACCUUUAAUAUCCUUCUACAUACGUCUAAACUUGACGUCUAAACUUGACGUCUAAACUUGACGUAAAACGAAUGUUUUAACAAUAAUAUCACUAAGAUAAGUCCUUCGUGUAAGCUACAGUUCGCAAAAGUUCGCAUAAGUUCAAGUUGGUAUAUUAAAACGUAUUGUUUUUUGUGGGGCCUGAGCACUAAUAUGCCCUUAUACGGUUCGCAGUUACAUGGCUCCCCUAAAUUGUCUAUUACGAUAAUUUACCACUAACAUAACUGAAUAUAAUAACAACGACGAUAAUGUUCAAUAGUUCACAGUUGGCUCCUUGUCGGGGAAUCUUCACUCUUCAACGUUCUCCGUGUCUUCGACUUUAAGAAGUACAACUAGCUUCUGAAUAGGACGUUCCAAAAUGGUCGCAACUCGACUUCGUUUUCCACGUUCGUUCAACAGAGGAUCUGCCACAAUAAGCUUGACCUUUCGCACCAAACCAUCUUCGUCCGUGUAAACUUCGUCAACGCGAGCCUUUCGCCAAAGGUUUCGAGGCGCGUUAUCAUCCUUGAUGAGAACGAUGUCGCCUACACGCAAGUUUCUACGAGGGUUGCUCCACUUCUGCCUUCCUUGCAAAGUGUUGAGAAACUCCUUACGCCAACGCGACCAAAACUGGUUGACAAGGUACUGGACUCGUCGCCAUCUUUUCACUAGAUAUUUGUCUGCUCGCUGGAACUCGCCGGGUGGUGGGAGUAGUAUUCGCGAUUUCAUUGUCAGGAGGUGGUUUGGGGUUAAGGGUUCCGCGUCGGUAGGAGAGCCAAGAUUAGUCACGGUUAGGGGACGGCUAUUUACAAUAGCCUCUGUCUCGCACAUGAACGUUUGCAGUGACUCUUCAUCCAACUGAGUUCCCGCUUCGAGGAGGAGGGCAUUCAGAACGUUGCGCGCCGUUCUUAUCUGCCGUUCCCAUACACCACCCAUGUGACUGCUGGAGGGCACGUUCAUUAGAAAUUCGAACCAGUCGCAUUCUUUUUCCAGUAGGAAUGAUCGCACCUUCUCUUUAUCCAUCUCUUGCAAGGCUUCUUUCAAUUCGCGUCGAGCACCUGCUAGGUUUGUACCCUGGUCUGAUCUGAGCUGACGAAUGGGUCCGCGUCGAGCCAGGAAACGACGCAGAGCGUUGAUAAAGGAAUCCGUCUCUAACGACUUCGCCGUCUCGAGAUGAAUCGCCCGAGAUGAUAGGCAAGUAAACAAAACGCCGUACCGCUUUAGCUCUUUCCGACCUUCUUUAAUAUGCCACGGGCCAAAGUAAUCAACGGCGCAGAAGGUGAACGGUGGCGCAGGUUGCAAUCGAUCGUAGGGAAGUUCGGCCAUUUUCUGCUCGGAUACGGUACCACGAAGCUUCCGACACGUGACGCAUUUGGCGAUAUGAUGGGCCACUGCAGAAGUUGCACCAAUGAUCCAAAUCCCGUCCUCGCGAAUCUCGUUCAGGGUGAUUCCACGGCCUUGGUGUUUGACUCGUUGAUGGUAAUGUUGGAUUAUGAGGGAUGUAAUGUGUCCCUUUCUCGGUAGGAUUGCGGGGUGUUUCACGUGAAAGGGGACAUCGGCGCGUUUGAUUCGUCCGCCAACUCUUACGAGUCCCUCUUUGUCGAUAAAUGGAUCUAGUCGAUAUAAUGCGCUGUUUCUCUUUAAGCUUGCCUUACGAUCCUUGACGUCUUCUCUUUUCGUGGGGUUGGAUUUCAAACGACGCAGGAGUUCCAUCUCUACGGGAAACAUUUCCGUUUGAAUCGCCUUCAUAAUUUCUACUUCCGCUUGUCGCAACUGUUCCACGUUUACCGGCUGAUACGAAUUGGUGCGUGUCUCGGAUUUAACUUGUUCUCGAUCUGUCGUACAACUUCUCAGACGCUUUCGGAGCUUCAGGCAAACUGCGAUGGCUCUUUUCGCCCGGUGCCAAUCGGAGAAGUAUUCAAGUCUCUGGAGAAUCGUUGACACGUUUUCGGUCGUUCCUUGCGUGGCGAGUGAUUUUACUUUCUUAACUUCGGGAUCGUCUUCCGAGAGGGGCGGACUUUCGGUGGUGGAUGUGUUGAUCUCGGGAUUCCAUAGAAACGCUGGUCCGGAUAGCCACCGAGGGUUGGAUAUCAGCUCUUGGGCACUUAAUCCUCGUGACGCCUCGUCUGCUGGGUUCUCCUUACUCUCUAUGUAUCGCCACUGGUUCGG